UGGAGUUAAGAGGUGUUGAAUUUGAUAAUAUCCAAUGUUUCGUAUAAUUAAUUUUGCGCAAAUUUGAGCACAAAAACCUCUCCUAAACCUCAAUUUCCAUUUCCUGUCAAGUUUUUACGGCCACAUUACCACUAAUAAAGGCCUUUACAGACAAAUCUCCUCCAGUAUUAGUACAGGCCUCUAAACAGCUAUCACAGUGGUUGUUUUUGCGUAAUGACGAGAGAUGGUGGAUAAUAAUAACCAAUAAUUUUAUGAGACAAUAAAAGCAUUAAAUAAGCUGCAGGGGCAAAUAUAACAAGAUAAGCCCCCUCCUCCUCGUCCCCCUUCCGUCUUUCACUCUAUUGUCCCUUGACCUGACUGUUGACCUUGACGUGCCACCGGCUGUGCGCCUCGCCAAGAAAGCGCACAGAUUUACGCACGAACCAACAUGCUAUCCAGUGACUGAAGAAUGGGUAAAAACAGCUGGAAUGAUGCGUAAAAACAGCAAAAAGCGACGUGAAAUCUAUAGAAAGACAAGUGUAAUCCAACAAUUGUGUUUGCAGGAGUUUAAACUGGUGCGUAAAACUGUUUUGGGGGAGGCUACGUGGUCAACACAAGAGUAAGUACAGAAGGUUAAAUACAGUGGACCGGGUGGAGGGAACAGGGUGUUGGUACAUUUCCCCUGUCCACCAUAUUCACACAAGUCCCAAAAAAAACAAAAUCCCAGUACGUGAACACACACGUCACGUAUGCCCUGUACGCCCCACCUUCUCUCUCCCACUCUGUGACUCUUCCAAAUGCUUCCCUCUCAGCCCACACGGACUUUCCAUUUCACACACACACACAAACACGCACGCAUACACAUACACACACACACACACACACAUACACGCACACACACCCCUCCCCCUGACAUCAGAGGAGGCAGAGGCGCUCCUUCGCCCCGGUCCAAAACUCUACUUACAAAGCCCGACAUUAUAUCUGUCAGAGAGGAGACCUGCAUGGACAAACCCGGGACUAAUACUCACGUUUUCGUGCGAUUUACUGCAAUGAAGGAUUCCAGAGGCUUGACGCACCUCCAUUUACAAAAGAAGAGGCUAUUAAGGUAAAUUAUUUGUUAGAAAAAGAGUUGGGGGAGGCAAAAAAAAAAAAAAAGAAAAGAAAAAAAAAGGAGAGAGAGAGAGGGAAGGUGUGCAUGUUACUCGGCGGGCUUCAUUUCCUCGAUGCUGCAGAGCAGGAGCUGGAUGACAUGAUGCUGCAGAGCCCGCUCACCUCCACGCCGUUUUCAGUCAAGGAUAUCCUCAAGCUGGAGCAGCAGCAACAACAGCAGCAGUCCGGGUCAUUGGAGCACCAGCACCGGGCGCACACCCAGCAGCACUUGGCUGGAUCUCCCCCCCAGCAGCAGCACUAUCAAACCCCGCCGUCCUGCAUGCUGGCCGGGGCCCGGGACAGCCCUUCCUUCUCGGACGGGGAAGACAACCUGGCUUACCUCAGUGCGCUGGCGGUGCGGGAGGAGGACCGCGGGGAGACGAGCCUGUCCCCGGAUAUGUACGUGCACCAUGGCCUGCAGGGUGCCAAGCUGGAGGCCGCCGAGCUGGAGGAGCAGGACAGCAAGAGCUGCGGUCUGGUAUCCAGGUCUGAGGCAGCAGAGGGCGGGCAGGGAGACUCAGACAGGCCGGUGCAGAAGCAGAGGAGCCGGCGGAGACCCAGAGUGCUUUUCUCCCAGGCUCAGGUCUUCGAGUUGGAGAGACGCUUCAAGCAGCAGCGCUACUUGUCUGCACCCGAGCGGGAGCACCUGGCCACCACGCUCAAACUCACCUCCAACCAGGUGAAGAUCUGGUUUCAGAACCGGCGCUACAAGUGCAAACGCCAGCGCCAGGACAAAUCUCUGGAGGUGGCGGGGCAGCAGCACCAUCCUCCCCCGCCACGGAGAGUCGCUGUGCCGGUGCUGGUCCGAGAUGGGAAGCCGUGUCUGGGAGGCACGCAAGGCUACGCAGCCGCAGCUCCAUACGGAUCCAACCCGUACAGUUACAAUGGAUACCCGUCCUACACGUACAACAGCCCCGCUUAUAACAGCAACUACAGCUGCACGUACACCAGCAUCCCCUCGCUCCCUCCGUCCAGCACCCCUAACGCCUUCAUGAACAUGAACUUGGGAAAUGUCAGCGGCCUCAGCGGCUCUCCACAGGCCCAAACACACCAAGGGACAGCGGUCACACCCUGCCAAGGCUCCCUGCAGGGCAUCCGGGCCUGGUAG